AUCACAGAAAAUAGAAUAUAACCUCAAUUCGUAUAAAUUUUUUUAGGAGAAAAAUGAGAAUAUCACCUAUUUUUCGAAUAUUCAGAAAUCAAUUUACCAACUCUUAUGGGAUCCUUCCAUUCAAUACUCCAAUUAUAAAAGUAAAUAAAUCAAUUAUACGUAAUAUAAACUAUGAAAAAUUGAAGGAAAUAAAACUAAAUAAUGUUUCUCUUACCAAAUAUUUAACUAGUAUCCAAGAUAGGUAUAAGAAAUUAUUGUGUGAUAAAGAUAAAAAGCACCUAACUGAAAUAAACAAAUUGUCGCCAAUAAUAAAUUGCAUAAUUCAUAGGAAUGAUAUUUUAAAGAAUAUUCUAAGUUUGAAAGAACUAGAGAAUGAAAAUGAUUCUUCACUUAGAGAUUUAGUUAAGUCCGAUUUGGAAGAAUAUUCUCAAGCCUUAGAAAAAUUAGAAGAAGAAUUGAUUGCCAACUUAUUGCAUCAUUCACCAGAGGAUGACUGUAGAGAUAUAAUAUUUGAAAUUAACAGUGGAGUAGGAGGGCAAGAAGCCAUGCUUUUUGCGAAGGAAUUAUUUGAGAUGUAUAAGAAUUUUGCAGAAUUCAAAGGUUGGACAGUUGAAAUAGCAGAAUAUGCUGUGACAGACAUUGGAGGUUUAAGACAUGUAUCUUUGUUGAUAUCUGGUGAAGAUGCAUUCAAACUUUUGAAGUAUGAGGCAGGAGUCCAUAGGGUACAAAGAAUACCCUCUACUGAAAAAUCAGGAAGAAUUCAUACAAGUACAGUUUCAAUUGUGGCGAUGCCUCAACCUACAGAUAUUCAGAUACAUUUAGAGCAUAAAGAUUUGAAAAUUGACACGAAAAGAGCAACAGGAGCUGGUGGUCAACACGUUAAUACGACAGAUAGUGCAGUGAGAAUAACACAUUUACCGACAGGGAUUAGUGUUGAAUGCCAAGUGGAUAGAUCACAGAUCAAAAAUAGAAGAAUAGCAAUGACUAAACUUAAAACUUUAUUAUACCAAAAAGAACUAGAUUCUCAAUUAGAAAAGAUGGAUUCCACAAAAAAAAGUCAAGUACGUACAAAUUUCAGAAAUGAGAAAAUUCGGACCUAUAAUUUCAAUCAAGAUAGAAUAACUGAUCAUAGAUUACAAGGAAAUAUACACAAUUUGAAAGGGUUCUUACAAGGUGACAAAGCAUUGGAAGAAGUUAUAUUGAAAUUGGAUCAUAACCACAAAUAUGAAAAGUUACUGGAAAAAGUAAAUGAAAUAAAUCAGUCAUAGUUC